AAAAUAGUUGUGAAUAAUGGGACUAAUUUCCUGAUCUUAUUAUGAAGAUAAGAUAGUUACAUUAUUUUACUAAACACAUGGUGGUUUGGUUGGUUGUCUGAUCAACACGGUACUUUUCCGAGGGGUAUUCAAUUUUCUGGGAUGAUUCAGUUGGAGGUCUGCAUACCGGUAGAGGUGGAAGGCAAAUAUGGAGAGUUCUACCCCGGUGUCAUAAAUGGGUUGAAAUCCUUAGAAGAACUUAAUGUGACACUAUUAGAUUCUUCCCACUCGAAAGCCCUUGUGGAAUUCACUCUCCCUCCUUCCUCGUUGCGUCUCCCUCCAAAGGAUCCAGGAACAGUUCUAGAACCAGUCCAAGGACUAGAGGUUGAUGUGUUAAUCAGCUCAUCUCCUGGCGAGCCACCUGUAGACCAUGAGUUAUCAAGUGAUCCGAUUGCUUCUAAACUUUCUGCCUGGUGGCCUGCUGUUGUAAGGAAAAUUGGUGGGAGUUUUGUUAUUGUGGAGUUAAUGGCUGACUUCUCUUCUGAGAAUGCUGGUUCAAACGAAGUAACUGUCCUUCCCAACAAACGCAUUAGUGUCCCUCACCCUUCAUCACUUGAAAAAACAGAUAUUGUUGAAAAGCACCAAUUGAGACCACGGAUUCAUCAUCCCAAUCUUAGUGUCUCGUCCUUUCACAUCCAUGCUAUAGAUAUACCGGACGAGUUAGCUCCAUAUUGCAGAGAGCCUGCCAAUUACCAUCAUUUUGCGCGACGAUGUGGUUUGCCUGUCCUGAUCACUUUGGCGCCCGACACAUUUAAACCCGUGUCCCCAGUUAUUAAGGGGGACAGUGAGACGUACAACCUAAAGUCCCGUUUGCUUGUAAUUUCUACAGAUAUCUCCACAAUCAACAGGGCAUCUGUCAUCGACAACACGUUCGUUGACAUGCUGCGACAAAAAGUCUCCAUUUUGCAACAAACUGAAGAACUAUCCAAAAAGUUGGUGGCGUCGCGCCUUAAUCAGCAAUCACCAUUCGUUGAAGAAUUCCUCAUACCUCUGGAUUUAAUCCAUUAUGCAAUUGGCGCUCAAGGGUCAAAUAUUAGACGCGCUAGUGCUAUUGAAGGUGUACUUUCUGUCAAGUUAGAUCGCCAGACUGGUAAUAUCAGGAUUUCUGGGAAGACUCAAGAUGCUGUUAAAAACGCGAAGAAGUUAUUGGAUUUCUCUCAAGACAUCUUUCAGAUACCUAAAUCAUAUGUAGGUCCUAUCUUGGGAUCAGGUCGUCGACACGUUCAACAUAUCGUGGAUCGAGUGGGACUUGUUGGAAUCAAGAUUUCUAAAUCACCUGAAGACGAUCGUGAGCACGUUUCAUUCCAGUUAACGGGAACUCAGCAAGCCAUACGUGAUACACAGUUAUUUUUGGAGUUUCAAGUCGCAAGCUUACAGGAGUUAGAUCGGCUUCGUGGUGUUGAGAAUCCGCCGUCUAUAUUAAAACCCAAGGAUGCGACCAUCCCACUUAAAGAUAUUUCGAGCAAUGAUGAGUCUUCAAAUCCUCUCACACAUUCUGAAAAUGGUCAUCGUAUAUCAAACGGUGACAAUCAAAGUUCAAAAUGCAGUGAAUCUAACUAUGCUGUACAUUCAAAUAGUUGCUCAAAUAAGGAGGAUCCGGAGAAACAAGAAACUACUUAUAACAACAUUACAAAUUCACGUCCACAUCCUGGUGGACGUCAGCCCAAGCCGAGACCUCAAGUCAAUCACAUAAGACCAGAUUCUCGUCAAAUUCCUCGCAUUCAACGAGGCGGUGGUGAAAGUAUUCGCAAUAGUGGAAGUAAUCAUACAGGUGUUUCUAAGUCUUCGGCCAACCAUGUUAACUCCAAAAACCCUAAUCAGCAAAGAAAUCAACCGAAUCAUCGUUCGGAUUCCAUGGGACCUAGAGGACAAAAUAUGUGUGCCCCAAUUGUUAGCUGAAUAAAUUUUCCAGUUGGAGUUCAAUGAACAUUUUCAGUAGACUACUCAGUUUUAAGUGCUUACCCUUACCUCCGCUUUGACUAUCCAAAUAUCCCAUUUUAUUGUACCUUUAUUCAAUUCGGCUGUCAUUUCCUCUAUACACACUCACACUGUGUAAAUCAGAUUGGAUAACUGGAAACUUGUUUAAGGGUGAUUUUUAAAUAAUCUUUCUUAUUUUUAGUGCAUAUUACUAAAUAUUCUUUUCUUUUUUCUUCCUGGUGAUAUUCACGUAUUGUUUCAACCAGUUGUAAUCUUGAACCAUGUUCUGUAUAUUGUUUCUGUUAGUUUCUGGAUUCACCAACUAAUAAAAACAAAGUAUUAUCAUACUUGGUAAUUAUCCAUUUUUAGUAAACAUCUUUGCUUUCACCCGUAUCUGAACUUAUGGCAUUACCUCAACCUAAUACCUCAGAUUUAUGUACAAAUCAUGAACUAUAUGAAGGGUUAUCCUACUAUACUUGAUUUGUAUUAUAGUUUUUAUUUAGUGCGUUUAUUAUUCAUUUCAUGUUGACUUGUUUAUCGUAAAAAGUAGACCACAAUAAGAAUUAAUAUAGUGUGAGUUGUCAAUAUUCUGUCGCUUAGGAUUUAUCACCAUAUAAUUUGAAUCACUUUACUGUAGUACACGGCACUCAGUACAAUGUUUUAUAGCAAUCAGUUUUAAAGCAAAUGGUUCGUUUAAUAAAUGCACUGAAUCUAUUC